AUGAGUGAUUCAGAGCAGUGGCCGGAUUUCACAGAAGAUAUACAGAAGGAAGAGAAUGUUCUAGAAGAUAAAAAAGACUGUGAUACGGAACUAAUGGAGGCUAGUUUACCAGAUGUUAAAGAUAUUCAGCGCUUGUGUUAUGCCCUGCCCACCCCGUGUGGCUGUUCCAGCGUGUUGCACAGGGGAGAGAACCGGUACCCGUGUCCGCGCUGCGGGAAGGUGUACCAGUGGAAGUCCAACCUCGGCAGGCAUAUGAGAAGUCACAAGGCCCGCGACUCCGGCGAGCUGCACUGCUCCCCGUGCGGGAAACUGUUCGCCUCAGUGGCCACUUACAGGCAGCACCUCGCCGUCUCGCGCAGACACGUGCCGGAGAACGAGUUCAGGUGA